GAAAGGCGGCCUGGUGGAGCUGAGGUGCUCGCCGAAAUACGCCUACGGAAAUGAUUCGCACGGAGAAGUCACAAUCCGCAUUGAAGUGCACGAAGUGUACAUGGAAGAGGACGUGACACCGAACAAAACCGGUGAGGUGAAGAAGAAGCAAGUUCGAGAGGGUGUCAAGAACGAGUCGCCCCGCGACACUGCACAAUGCGUUCUGAUCGUGGAGGCAGUGAAGGGCAGCACAGGCGCUCUGAUCGCUUGUUUCGAUGGACCGAAUGAAGUCACAUUUCGAGCUGGCGAUGGCUACGUUUGCGAUGCGUUGGAGCUUGCCGUCCGGCAGAUGAACGAAGGUGAGCGAGCGAUUAUUACCUGCUCAACAUCAUCUAUGUGUCUCGAUCCUGCAUUGAAGCUUUCCAUCCAAGAUGGAGAGGAGGCCAUCUUCAAAGUGGAGCUUAAAAGCUUCCGAAACCCGAGGGGCACUUACGAGAUGCCUGAGGCGGACAAAAUGGCAUAUGCAGCUGAGCGGAAAGAGACCGGGUCUCGACUCUUCCGGGAAGGGAGGUAUUUCCUGGCUCUGCAAAGAUAUUGUGGAGUGCUCGAGUUCUUCUCUUACUGCGACAAUCUCAGCGAGGUUCCGCAAAUCGUAUCUCCACGGAUUCAUAGAUGA